AGGCAGAGGUAGUCCCUCCUUUUCAUGAGUUGUAGUUGUGUUAGCUUGUAGUUCUCUGUGCCUCGGUAGGCUCACUGUUGGCUAACUAGCUUUCAGUUGGAAAAUCUCCACUGUCACUCGUUUUUUUGAUAGCUGGCCUUCUUCUUACGAGGCCAUGGCAGACUUCUCGUUGGCAGAUGCCAUAUUAGACGACACCCCAAGCAAUGCGAAAAAAAUGGGAAAUACAAUACCAUCUGUCCCUGCCAAUAAUCCUCCUGGUCCUGCAAACCCAGGGUGGCCUGCUUCAGCUCCAGGAGCACCAACCCAACCCUCUGCUCCGACUGACUUGAUGAGUGGAUCAUCUGGCCCAGGAGCACCAGGGCAAUUUCAAUACCCCUCUGGUCCUGGAGCACCAGGGCAAUACCCAGGACCUCCUUCAGCACCUGGUGGGUUUGCUCCUGGCUGUGGGAUUCCUGGGCAAUAUCCACCUGCACCAGGAGCUCCAGGGCAGUUCCCCUCUUGCCCUGGAGCUCCAGGGCAGUUCCCUGGAGCUCCAGGGCAAUUCCCUGGUCAGUACCCAUCUGAAGGAACUCCAGGACAGCUACCUGGGGGCCUUGUUCCUUAUCCAACUGGACCAUUUCCUUCAGGACCUGGUGCUCCCACUGGGCCUUAUCCCAACAUGCCUUUCCCAGGAAGUCAGCCAGGCGGCAAUGGUGCAUAUGGACUGGGAGGCCCGGGUGCAUUCCCUGCUCCCACUGGUCCUGCUGGCUUCCCUGCAUUCCCUGCUGGUGGUUUUCCUCCAAUCCCUACUGGUUCAUGGGGACCCCCUGCAGGUGGCGGUUUCCCUCCUGCACCUGGUCCUUUUGGUCCUGCACCCAUGGGGCCAUAUGGUGGGCCUGCUGCUCCAGGGGGAAUGUUGAUGGUGCCGUAUGAUCUCCCACUUCAUGCUGGAAUAAUGCCCCGGGUUUUAAUCACCAUAGUUGGGGAACCCACUCCUGGUGCGGACAGGUUUAACGUUGACUUAAUCAAAGGUCCAGAUGUCGUCUUUCAUUUCAACCCUCGAUUUCGUGAGCAGACAAUUGUUCGAAACUCCAACCUAGGAGGAUGUUGGGGGCCAGAGGAACGGGAAGGAGGCUUCCCAUUUAUUCAAGGCCAGCGUUUUGAAUUGAAGAUCCUGGUGGAGGAGGAUAUGUUUAAAGUGGCGGUGGACGGUACCCAUCUACUGGAGUAUGAGCACAGAGUCGGCGGGCUGGAGCAAGUAACCUUGGUGCGAGUGGCCGGAGACGUCAUCCUCUACAGUGCAGCACCGAGCAUGAUCUAAAUCUCAAGAGAUUACAUGCUGUAAAAGAGAUCUGUCAGAUUUUGCUAUUAUAUUCCAAUGAUUAUGAAGCAAUUUGCAUGGCACAGUAUUUUGCAAAGUGCAAUCUGUGCCAAUGUGGCACUUUGUCAUUCAUUAAGACAAACAGUAGACGUCACAAACCGGUGUUUACGUACCUUAAUCCUUUUUUACAGGUAGACAUUUCAUUUCAUAGCCACUCACUAUUCAGUAUAUUUUGUGACAUGACCGUACGGUAAAUGAGGUGAAUGCAACGAAAGCAGCUGUUUUAAAAAAAAAAGUAAUUUAUACAGAAUGAAGAAAAACAAUUCUAUGUGCCACUAGUGUACUGUAUUUUGUUUACAUAUAUUUAUUUUACAGUAAUUUUAUCAACAAUUUGACAAGCCUUUUUUGUGUGUGAUGGUCAAACAACAUGAUCUUUUUUCCUCCAAGGCUAUUUCAGUGCUGCACCCCCACCACAAGGGUUUAAAUAUGAGUGUUGCUGGCCAUGUAAAAUAUGGAGUACUUGUACAUAAACUUUGAGCUCUUCCUUUCUUCUUUAUUAAUCCUGUUCUUAAACUGAAGGCACACAUCAUAUUUUAGUAAGUAUGAUUUCAUGUUGAAGUCAGAUCAAAUUGUUAAUAUAUAAAUGCAAAAUGUUGGGAAGAGGAGUGAUUGGGACACUUCUUGUUGCCAAAAAUAAUGGUGGUACAUUAUUUUGAAAUUGUGCUUAUAAAUAAAAGUGCAACAUUUAA